AUGUAUGCGUUUAGCCUUGCUGACCAGUCAUUUGUAGAGAAGAGCGUCGGCGCUGUGACUGCCCUCGCGUUGUCAUUCGACCAUACAUACAUUGCUGUCGGUCACGCUACCGGCCAUAUCCAGCUGUACGACUUGCGCUCGCCGAAGGUGCCCGCUCGCGUGGUUCCUCCCACCACGUUGGCCUCCGUCGCGUCUGGCAGGCAAGAGGGCCACAUAGUGGGCUCCCGGAUCGUCAGCAUCGGCUUCGUUGCCGGUCGCCACACAGCCCUCGUCUCCGCGGAUGACAGUGGUUUGGCAUUCUAUCACAGUCUGGGGAAGGUAUUCUUCGUGGACGCCACGGAUAUAUUGCGCAUCCUCGGAAAGUACCCCGACGAAGAUGCCCCCGACGCGCCUCCCGCACUCGGCCAUCGCUUCCGCCGAAGGAGAGGCCGCAAGCCGACUACUAUUCUCUCUAUGGUCCCGUUGCCGCUCGGUACAUGCGCUCACCCGACAGACAGCUACAACCUUGUCGCUCUUCUCACGCCGAUCAAACUCGUCAUCGUGGGCCUGAAGCCGUCGCCAAAGACCUGGUAUAGGCGCCAUCGAGAAACCGACGAAGAAGUCGCUUCGAAGUCUAGGUUCAAGGGGACGCUCGCGUGGUUCCCGAGUAUAUCGCUCACCGCCGAUCUCGCGUCCGCUUCUGAACGGGACAGUAAGAAGAGCCAGGUCAACGGCACACAUCCGUCGUCGACUCCGACGCUUGCAUACUCUUGGGGAGAGACUCUGCACCUGCUCCGCGUGUCCGAGGAUAAAGUCACCCAAAGUACAAAGGAUGCCAAGACGGGCAAAGUUAGCAAAGUCGAAGUCGGGAGGAUCGUGUUCGAGGAGAUGGGUAGUUGGACAGCCAGUGACGACAUCCUUGCUCUUCAGUGGCUGAAUGUCAAUCAAAUCAUCGUCCUCACCCCCACCGCCUUCGAAAUCUACGACGUCCGAACUUUCAAACUCGUCGAGCGCGAACACUUCGACGCGUGGACCCUCGUCUCCCCUGUUCUUAGCCAUACGACGAACGGCUCGCUCACAUACUCGGAUGCGGUGUCUGAAGUCGCGCACAGCGUACGUAUGUACAAGGGCAAGAUCUUCCUUCUCGGACAACACGGGGUGCAGGUAGGGACGCUCCUCACCUGGGCGGAUCGUAUCCUGUCAUUCGUCUCCGAGGGCGACUUCCUGAGUGCCAUCGACCUCACUCGAUCCUACUACGUGGGAGAGGCGCCUGGGAAUCGGAAUGGUCUACCUGACGACCCGGAGAAGUUGAAGGCCGUCGUCGGACAGAAGCUACGCGAGCUCAUCGUGGCAUCCGCCCGAUACGCGUUUUCGGAAGACCGGAUGCUGGACGGUACACACGUUACGCCGGACGGGAGGGGCGUCGACCGAACCGACCUUUUCGAAGGCCUUGUGUCGACAUGUGCUCGUGCUUCCAUGGCGCUGGACGAUUUCGACUUCUUCUUCGAGGACCUAUUCGGGUACUACGACAACAACGGGAUUGCGACGAUCUUCCUCCGGCAGCUGGAGCCGUUCAUGCUGAGCGGCGAAAUCCGACACGUCCCGCCACGGAUCACUCAGCGCCUUGUCGCCUUGCAUGACGCGGAGAACCGGCCAGAUCUCGUCGAGCGGCUCAUUUGGCACAUCGACCCGGAUUGUCUGGAUAUCAACCAGGCUAUCAUGCUAUGCCAGCGACACAACCUCUAUGACGCCCUCAUCUACGUCUACACGCGCGCCCUUCGAGACUAUGUGUCACCCGUAGUGGAACUUCUUGGUCUCAUCCGCCGGGUGCAGCAAUGGCGGAGACAGCGCGCGGAAGCUUCGCCUACCUCUUCCAGCUUCAUGGACGAGCAGUCUAUAGAACCGGUGGUCCUCAACGCGUACAAGAUCUAUCCCUUCAUAGCCGAUACCCUGACAGGUCUCACAUACCCGUCCGAAGAACCUCUCCCCGAAGACGAAGCACUUGAAGCAAAGUUUGAGGUCUACAAGUUCCUGUUCUAUGGGCGAUCUAGUGUUUGGCCGGAGGGCGAGGGCGGAAAACUCGUCCUUACCUCAGACGAAGAGAACGGUGUUGAACCCACAUAUCCCUACGCCCGUCUGCUUCUCCGCUUCGACCCGGAAGCGUUCCUACAUACCCUGGAUAUGGCUUUCGAGGAUGCGUAUCUGAACGACGACACCCGCGGCGUGAGCCGGUUUGUCAUAGUCAAGAUCCUCCUUGAUAUCCUUGCCUCUCCAGAGCUUGCCCAGGAAGAGAGGACCUUCAUCCACAUCUUUGUUGCCCGCAACGUGCCCAAGUACCCCCAGUUCAUCCAGAUCCAGCCCACCGUGUUGCACAAUAUCCUCAUCGGUCUAGCAGAGGAUCCAGAUACGAGCACACGGGAAGAUCGCCAACUAGCCGCCGAGUUCCUCCUCUCUGCCUACAAUCCCCAUGAGAGCGGCCGCAUCCUAGAGCUUUUCAAGCACGCCGGUUUCUACAGGAUCCUCCGCUCCUUAUAUAAUCAGGAGAAACAAUGGCCGGAGCUCCUAGGAACCUACUUGGAAGACCCAGCCUUGCCUUCCCACGACGUAUUCUCCUCUCUUCACGACGUCCUAAAAACCGCUAAGAGAGCGAGCAAGGGCAAGGUUCCUGCGGCAGUUUCCGAAAAGUUACUUGACUCUCUACCCGACCUACUGGUCUCAGAUAUCCCCAACACGGCCGCUCUCGUAGACGAGUAUGUUCCUGAUGACCACGAAGCUGCCCUCAAUGCGUUAGGUCCCAACGCCGAGCACGAGCGCUUCCUGUACCUCCAGUACCUGCUGCACCCGGACCGUCGGAAAGCCGCCGAAGACGAUAUCGCCCUUCCUCGGAAGUCCGUCGCCUCCCCCAACGUCCCUCCCUGGCUUCGGCAGACCUAUGUUUCCCUACACUGUCGAUUCGAGCCCACAAAUGUCAUCCCCGCACUCCGAGAACUCCCACACGGGUACCUCGAUGGCCAAGAAGCGGCACGGACGUGCGAGGAAAACGAGGUGUUUGACGCUGUUGUUUGGCUUGUCAACCACGAAGGCGACCCCCAGACGGCGUUAUCCAAAGCAGAGUCGUUCGACCAACGACUGUCUACACGCAUCGCCGACGCACUCGCGUCUCCUGACGAGUCCGCGGCCGCCAUAUCCGACUCCUUGGGCAAGCUACAGGCCGUCGCAGAGGCCGCGACCGCGACAUGUGUGGAACGCUCCCAGCCACCUUCCCCCGAAGUCCCCGUCGAAGACCUCUGGUUCCAGUUGCUCAGCAGCCAAAUCGACUGCGUCCAACGCGUCGCGAGCUGCUGCUCACUAGAGGCUCUUGGGCCUUCGGAGGGCGCCCCCGCGGACGAUCCCCGCGUACAGCGCGAGCACGACGCGAUAUCUUCCCUACGGUCGCUCGUCCACAAGACGUUCACCGCGCUCAUGUCCGUCAGCUCCACGCGUGCGGUUUCCUUCCCGCGCCUGUUCAAGCGCCUAGUGAGCUCCGCGUCUGCGGCGAAGGCCCACGUCUCGAAGGGCACACUUUACACGGAGUUCCGGACGAUCUUGACAGGCAUGCUUGAGUCGUUCCGCUCGGAAGGUGAUAUGCUCGUGAUCACGAAACACCUCGUCGAUCGCGACGUGUUCGACACCGUCGCAGAGCUCGUCGCGGAGCGCUGCAAGGGGUGGGCGCCCGCGCGCGGGGCGUGCUCGGGGUGCGGGGUCUCGUUCGUUGGGAGCAAAAAGGCGGGAGAGGGUGAGGAGCCGGAGCCGGAGAACGAGAAGAUCGUCGUGUCACGGACAGGAGCGAUAUACCACAGUAGAUGUUUACCGUCUGACUUCCACGCUAAUCACGCCGUCAAUGUACAGUAA